AUGGUGAUAAGUGAAAAAUGGAAUAUUUAUAGAGAUGAUAAUCUUGGGAGGGCCAGACAUGUGAAGGAAAAAAUAUUGGAUGAUUGUUUUUGGGAUUCAGUUGAUUACAUACUUGCAUUCACUGCUACAAUUUAUGAUAUGAUCAAAGCUUGUGACACUGAUAGAGCUUGUCUUCACUUGAUAUAUGAUAUGUGGGGUGCAAUGAUUGUGAAAGUGAAGAAAGCUAUAUACCAUAAAGAGGGGAAGAGGAUGGAAGAGAGCUCCUCUUUUUAUGAUGUGGUGCAUUGCAUUCUUGUGGAUCGUUGGACAAAAAACUCAACUCCACUACACUGUUUGGCACUUGCUUUGAAUCCCAAAUACUAUAGUCAACAAUGGCUUCAGGAAGAUUCUAAUCGAGUUCCUCCACACAUGGAUUUAGAGCUUACUCAAGAGCGACAAAAAUGUUUAAGGAUAUUCUUUCCUAGCAUGGAGGACCGAAGCCGGAUUAGUUUGGAGUAUGCAGAUUUUAUUAGCAAUAGUGGAACCUUUGGCGAUUUUGAUGCCAUCAAUACUCAAUACACUAUGGAUCUGAAAUCUUGGUGGCUACUUUAUGGUACCUUUACACCGAUGCUUCAAAAAAUAGCAUUGAGACUUGUGCAACAACCCUCCUCUUCAUCAUGUGCUGAACGCAAUUGGUGUACUUAUUCUUUUGUGCAUUCAAUCAAGAGGAAUAAAAUCACUCCAAAACGCGUUGAAGACUUGGUUUAUGUGCAUAGCAAUCUUCGACUCUUAUCAAGAAAGACUCCUAGUUAUGCACAAGGAGCAAAUCAAAUGUGGGAUAUUGCUGGAGAUACAUUUGAUUCACUUGAUGAUAUUGGACAUCUUCAAUUUGCUAGCCUUUCACUUGAUGAGCCAGAGAUAGAGGCCAUGAUUAUUCAAGAUGGAGAUGAAAAUAAUUGA